AUGUCUGUCGCUAAAGCUCACAACAUGCCGUCUUGCAAGGAUAAAAAGAUGCUCAGGAUGGGCACCAUGGGCAUUCUUUGCAGAGGAACCAAGGUUCUGAUUAUCCGCCGCAGGCUGAAGACCCCGGAAAUCAGAGAAAACGGUCCACCCGAUACCUGGGCCUUUCCGGGUGGUGCCUUGGAGAAGGGCGAGACCCCGGAGCCGGCAAUGAAGCGUGAAUAUAAAGAGGAGGCAGGCGUGAAAGUGACCAUCCAGCCCAUCGGAGACGAGCCUGUGUGGGGAGAGACCGACGACUAUCUGGUUGACGACUGGCGCUGUUUCUUCUUUAUUGUCAAGCAAGUUGACCCUAAUGAGGAACCUAAUAUUAUGGAACCGCAGAAGCACGUUGACUUGAUGUGGAUCGACUGGAAUGAGUUAUGGGCCCUGAUAUCGGCCCAGAUUAUGGAUGAAACGGCCGGUGGUGCCAAGGAAGAUGCGUCCGGCAAGGACAACAUGAGAUUCUUCCCGUCGAUGAUAAACAUGGUCAAGAAAUACCCGCUUCGCUCUGAUGCGGCUUGCUUAGAGAAGCGCCUGUAA